AUGGACGCUGGCGUGAGGGCUGCUCUGGGGCUUUCCCUCACUGGCAUGUCUGGCUUCAGCCUCGUGUCCCCUGCCUGGUUCCAGAGCCCUGCCUUCUGCUAUGGUGUCUUUACCUACUGCUCCUGGCCGCAAGGUGACCGCUGGAACCAGAGCUGUGUGACUUUUGGGUCCCUGAAGGACAUGCCAGGCUUGGCCUGGAAGGUCUCAGCAGCAAUGCUCUUGGGAGGCUGGCUUUUGCUGGCCAUCAGCGCUCUUCUCCUUUCGGCCUGGGCACUGGCCCCAAGAAGGUUGCAUCCCAGGAGGCGCUUGGGUCCAACACCUGUGGUGCAGGCAGCAGCAGCCUCCACUCUUGUAGGUCUGCUGGUUUUCCCAGCCACUCUGGCUUCCCCAUUCGCCAAAGAAGCCUGUGAAGGCUCCACCACGUACCGCAGUGGAACAUGCUAUUGGCUGAGCUGGGGCUAUGCCACCGCCAUCCUCAACGUGGCCCUGACCAGCCUGCCUGUUGUUGGAUGGCCUCAAAUGACCACAGUCCCAAGGACAGCUGUCCCCUUUUCUGGGGACACUCAGGGAAUCAUUCUUGUGCCAGAAUAA